AUGGUGACUCAAAGACAAGCUGAUUGGUUAUUGCAAGAUUAUACUAAAGAAGAGGUGAAAGAUGCCCUGCACUCAAUUCCUGAUGAUAAAGCACUGGGACCAAAUGGAAGAUUGCUUAAAGAGAUAAAUGCUACAAUAGUGACUUUGAUUCCUAAAUCGGUAUGCCCGGAAUCUAUGAGUGAUUAUAGACCCAUUGCUUGCUGCAAUGUGAUCUAUAAAAUAGCUUCUAAAAUGAUUUGCAAGAGAUUAGAGGAAGUUCUUACAGGAAUCAUUUCAGAGAAUCGAUGUGGUUUUGUUAAAGGAAAAAAAAUUGCACAUAAUAUUAUGAUUUGUCAAGACAUGGUUUGGGGAGAUAUGAUAGAAGAAGUGCAAAGUCAGCUUGUUUGUUCAAGAUUGACCUUCAAAAAGCUUAUGAUAUGCUUGCUGGGAAUUUCUUAG